GAUUAGUGAUUACCUACUUAUUGUUUUCCAAUUUUGUGGUCAUAGGGUCAUAUUUUGUGUUAGAUUGUUAUUGAUUUUUAUUUUCACAAUUUUACAUACAGAUACCUGUACAUAUUUCUAUAUUAUUGUUGGCAGUUAGUAGUAGACUUCUACAUUUUAGUACUUAUACUAAUUGGUAGUUGAAUAGAUCUGUCCAGGACUAUAAUAUACCUAUUUAAAAUUUUGUUUUUUAGCAUUUCAAAACUUUUAACGUUCUUUUAAACUUAUAUUUUUAUAUUUGAUUUUAUUGUAAAACAAUGUUUAAUACAAAUACAUUUUUUCUAUUAGCUCUUAUAGCAUUUAUUUCUACCAUAAGAUCUGCCAAAAGUAUAUUAUGUUACCAAUGCAACAGUACCGACAUCAAUGCUCAAUUUCUUUGUACUGAGAAUAUGGAGGAUACAGACAAACUGCGUCCACAACCCUGCUCGAGUGUUUACAAUGCCGCUUAUUGUGUGACACUGAUAGGCCGCCAUAGAGGAGGACUUGGAGUUACACGUUACUGUUCAGCUUAUAAUUUAGGAAAUUACUGCAAUUAUUUUAAACGGCCAGGUGAUGUAAUGGAAUAUCGGACAUGUGUGUAUACUUGUGAGUCUGAUGGCUGCAAUGGUCCAAGUGUACCAAAGUUAUCAAAAUACUUAAAAAGUCUACCCAUUUAUCAAUGGUUAAAAAAUCUGUCGUCUUAGACAAUAACAUUUCAAAAAUAAUUUAAUUAGUAAGUACUGAAAUGGUUUAUUGGUGUAGGUUACUUACAGUACAUUCUACCUGUUAUAAUUAUAAUUUAUAAAUAAUUAUUACAUGUAUAUUUUUAUAAUUUAAUCAUAGGUAUUCGGUACUUAAAUAAUUUCCAUGAUUUUAAAUAUUUUAUCUAUUGAUAUUGACAUCUUUUUUUGGCCUUUAAAGUAAGAACAUAUAUUUGUGAAAAACCAACAUUGCUUACAUUUUGUACAAUCUGAACAAAUAUAUAUUACACAUUAUAAUAAUUAGUCAAAUCCACUGAAUAAAAUGUAUCUUCAUUUUUUUUUAAAUAAUCUUUUAAUGUUCAUCAAUAACACCUCUAUACAAUUACAAAUUAUAUACAAACUCACAAGUACAUUUAUUUUAUAUUAAAUUUUCUCUAUAAGGAAUC